UCUAUACACAAUUCAUCAUCAUCAUCAUCAUCAUUAAAUCAAGCUCUGAGAAUUCAGAAAUGGAAGGAUUAAUCCCAUAUCUGGUCCACGCCCUCAAGAAGCAACGGCCGCCCCAUCACCACGCCCUCGGCCGCUGCCUCUCCGACGCCUCUAACAGGAGCUACCACUUGCUCGUCGGAUCCGAUUCCCCCGACGGCUCUUCUCGCCGGAGGAUCCAGAUCUCCGAUGAGUUCCGAGACCGAUUCUCCGAUCAGCGCUCUCCCCGAAAUGUUAUCAGGAGCUUCAGCAACAGAGCUGCUGCAGGUUCGAUGAUCCCUUCUGCCGCCGCCGCCGCUUCUAUGGCUAGCAGUGGCCUGAGUCGCUCUAGUGGCCAUCAAGCCUCUUUUUCCAUCGCCACCACCGUCAAUCGCCGACGAUGAAUCGAAGAUUCCGGCGAUGUUCGGUACCGGCCACCACCUGGCGUCAACCAUGCCUCCAACCCAAAAUAAAUACUCCUUAUUGUU